AUGAAGACAAUCUUCUCGCGCUUGAUCCAUUCCACUCCAUCCUCCAUUUCCAAACUCAAUGCAUUUGCUGUGUCAAUUAACGGGAGAACUUUCUCUACGGACUCUACGAAGAUUGAUGAGCCUUUUAAAGUUGAGGAAACUGGGACUGUAAAUGUGCCACCACCUCAACCCCCAACAGAGAAGUUGCUUGUGUUGGGAGGCAAUGGAUUUGUUGGAUCUCAUGUUUGUAGAGAAGCCUUAAAUCGUGGUGUGCCUGUUGCGAGUAUUAGCAGGUCUGGCAGGUCAUCCAUUCACGACUCCUGGGCUAGCAAUGUCAUAUGGUUUAAAGGGAAUCUCCUUUCCCCUGAGUCAUUGAAAGAAGCUCUGAAUGGGGUUACUACUGUUAUCUCAUGUGUUGGUGGUUUUGGCUCCAACGCAACCAUGUACAAAAUUAAUGGGACUGCUAACAUCAAUGCAAUUAGAGCAGCUUCAGAUCAAGGUAUUAAAAGGUUUGUCUAUAUCUCUGCUGCCGACUUUGGUGUAGUAAAUUACUUGCUGCAGGGGUAUUAUGAAGGAAAGAGAGCGGCUGAAACGGAGCUUCUAACAAGAUUUCCAUAUGGAGGAAUAAUUCUGAGGCCAGGAUUUAUUUAUGGAACUCGAAAUGUUGGGAGUAUGAAGAUACCUCUUGGCAUAGUUGGAUCACCGAUGGAGAUGGUUUUUCAACAUACUAGAGCAUUGACCCAGAUCCCACUUGUUGGGCCUCUAUUGACACCUCCUGUCAAUGUUACUGCGGUGGCUAAAGUUGCUGUUAGAGCUGCUAUUGAUCCUGUUUUUCCACCUGGGGUCAUAGAUGUCUAUGGUAUUCAACGUUACAGUCAGAAUAAAUCAAAGUAG